AUGGCUUCCAGAAAAGUCUUGUUUAGGCAAGCGGUUGCUCUGCUUUUCUUCGCACUCUCCUCUUGCAUUGGAGCUCAACCAACAUCCCGCAAGACAGAGCUCAUUCCCUUUCCAAAGGGAGCAGCGGUUGAUGAUCCCUCAGGUGGUGUCACUGCACUCAGGAAGUCAAGUCCGCAAUUGGUGGAGCACAUUGGGUCAGCCAACGCUGCAGAUGCAGAGAAAGAGCUGCAGCUAAGAGCAGAAGGGAAUGGGGUCCUGAAGCUCGACAGAGCUCUGUGCUUCGAUGGGAAGGACGAUUUUGUCCACAUACAAGACUUCCAGGGCCUCCCUCGGCACCAAAUUACAGUCGCCGCAUGGGUUAAGAUCCGGCGACACCGCAACUGGAACCGCAUCGUAAGCCACAACUGGAUUACCAACGGAUGGAACCUUUUCACAGACGGCAGCGGCGUCGCACACUUUGGCAUCGGCCUGCAGAACAAGGACUAUGCCUCGGCCAGGAUCACGCAUCGCGACAGGUGGCACUAUCUGGUUGGUACGUAUGACGGGGCCGCAGUGAGGGUGUUUGUGGACGGGGAGGAGGGUGUGAAUGCGCCCCUUGAAGGUGCUGAGCUAGAUGACCGGGGGUCGGUGUUUAUUGGCGGCGGGGAGUGGGAUCCAUUCAAUGGGGACAUCAGCGAGAUGCGAAUCUGGAACUAUGCACAGAAUCCCGACGAGAUCCGCCGUAACAUGUUCAGCACGCCAGACCUGAACAACAAAUCCCUAGUCGCCCUCUACGACUUCAGCGAAUUUGAUAGCGGGGCCGUUCUUGACAAGUCCCAGUUUCGCAGUCACGGAGUAUUGGGCGCGGAACACCGAGCGCCCGUCCAAGUGGUGUCAAACGCCCCGAUCGUCACGCCCUGCGUCGUGCACUCCAAGGGAGCGCCCGGGGUAUUGACCCAGCUGCACGAGCUCGGUCUGCGGCGCAUACGCUCCGUAAAGGUCGUGAGACGAGGGGGCGAACGGAGUGCUGAGCUUGGAGCACGUCAGGAUCACGUCAGCGAGAAGAGAUACUCGAACGAGGAAUUCGAACGGCUGGCGCAGGGGAAGAGUGACGAAAAGGAGAUUGUGUGGAAGGAGCCGCUCGAAAGCCAAGAGAGUGGGGGAUUCACCAGAGAAGCAAAGAGAGACAGAAGCGAAGAGUGUCACGAGGAGACGACGUGCAAGUCGGAUGACAACUUCACUCAGGCGGAGGCAGCAACCCAUAGCGAGCGCGAUCUGGUGACUUCAGCUGAAGUUUUAGACUUCGACAAUGCCCCAGUCCCUGCUUGUCUCGAGGUCUUGCUGGAGGAUGAUGUUGACGUGGCUGAUGCCGACAGCGAGACAGAUGGCGGGUCGAGGGUGGUCCACGUGGACGUGCUGGGAAGUGAGGAGCAGUGCGGCGCCCGGCCGCUGCAUCGGGACAGCUGCUGGGGCGUCCGAACAGAGCUGCACUUUAUGAGACCCGCAAAGACGCCGUUACCUGGCAAGCUAAGUCUAAGUGAACACGCGGCAAACAGAGGCGGCGCCACGUCAUCCCCACGUGUCAGCGUCGUCAUCCCCGUUUACAAUGCCGGGAAGGACCUGCCGGAAGCCGUGGAGAGCGUCGUCUCUCAAACGUUUGAGGACUGGGAGAUCAUCCUGGUCAACGACGGCAGCACCGACGACUCCGCUGACGUCAUCAGCCAACUAGAGCAACGGCUCGCGCCCGCGCACCGCGUGCGGGUGGUGACGAAAGCGAACGGCGGACUGGCCGACGCGCGGAACGCGGGCGUCCACGUGGCAGCCGGGGAGUGGAUCUUGCCGCUGGACGCGGAUGACAUGAUUGAAAAGACCUUCCUCGAAAAGGCGUUUUCAGUCAUCGAAGCAAACCGCACCGUUAACCUGGUGAUUGCCGACUUCCGCGGCUUCGGCGACUGGGAGUACGUCUGGGGGAUCCCCCCGUUCAGCGCGGAAGACCUACCGUACACCAAUAUGUUCCACUGCUCGGGAAUGUUCAAAAAGUCGCUCUGGGCUGCAGCGGGGGGGUAUCCGACGAGCACUCUGCUGGGCUACGAAGACUGGGCGUUUUGGAUCGCCGCGAAUCUGGCGACUCCUUUGGCCCCGCACCGCAUCGAGGAGGACUUGUUCCUGGCGCGUAUGCGGCGCGGUUCGAUGCACCGGAAGCUCAUGUGGUACCAAGCGUUCAGCGUGGCCAGCAUGCGCAUACGCUUUCCUGGGCUGUACACCGUCGAGAUGCUGCUCGAUGCCCACGCAGUCUUCUUCGACGCCCCCGCGCACAUCGCGCGCGAGGUCGAGAGGAAGGUCGCGCAGUUUCCGCAGCUGCCGCAGCCGCGCCUAAUGCGCGGCCUGAUUAGGGAGGGCAAACUGCGUAGAGCUGGUUUAAAGGAAAGUAACGAGUAUAAAGACGUGCUAGAGGACUACAGGGCGGCUGUGGGUCUGGCGAGUAGAGAGGAUUGGCAGCCGAAAUGGAGAUUGGGUUUGCUGCAGAAAAGAUUGGGGAUGAGGGAAGAAGGAGAGAGGAUGAUCGAGUUGCUCGAACGAGAUUUUGUUGGCCUGAAUGCGGCGUUGAGACACACAAGAGUCGCUGUAACAUAG